AUGAGCGCCACGCACAGCACGACAAGCCCAGCUGCGAAUCCACAGUCAGACUCAAAUGCGCCCACAGACAUUGGAAGUCCCUCGCUGAGCGUGGAGAAAAGAGACGAACCUGCACAAGAUGGCGAAAACAAUCUGAACGAGAAAGAUGGAGGCGCAAAUGGCACUGCUGUUGCGCCUGCAGCGCCCGCUGCACAGGAUGAUGAGCGUCCGCCACGAACGAAACUGCAGAUAUUUCUCAUCAUGCUGUCGCUUUCCAUUGCCGUCCUACUCGUCGCUCUAGAUAUCACAAUCGUUACGACCGCAUUGCCCACGAUUUCCCAAGAAUUCAAUAGCGCGUCAGGAUACACAUGGAUUGGUUCGGCAUAUCUGAUUGCUCAGUCGGCCGCCACGCCGAUUUGGGGCAAGGUGUCAGACAUUUUCGGGAGGAAGCCUAUACUUUUGCUUACGAAUGUCAUCUUCUUUGUCGGAUCGCUGCUUGCUGGAGUGGCUGUCAACAUGAAUAUGCUCAUUGCCGCUAGAGUCAUCCAGGGCAUUGGUGGUGGUGGCUUGAUAACUCUAGUCAAUAUCACCAUUUCCGACAUAUUCUCCGUACGAGACAGAGGCGCAUACUUUGGUAUCAUCGGUGGUGUAUGGGCGUUGGCGAGUUCGCUAGGUCCUGUUGUUGGUGGCGCGUUCACCCAAAAAGUAGAUUGGAGAUACUGCUUUUACAUCAACCUACCAUUUGACGGUGUAGCCUUCAUCAUCUUGUUCUUCUUCCUCGACGUCAAAACGCCCAAGACUCCAUUACGAGAGGGACUGAAAGCGGUCGACUGGCUGGGCUCGUUCACUAUGACCGGUGGAGUCAUCAUGCUUCUGCUAGGACUGGAAUUCGGUGGCAUAACGCAUCCUUGGGACUCCGCGACGGUACUGUGUCUUAUCAUCUUCGGGGCCGUUGUCAUUGGCAUCUUUUUCCUCAUUGAAUGGCGGAUAGCACCGUACCCACUCAUGCCGCUCAGCCUCUUCUCGGAGCGUUCGAACUUAGCUGCUCUGGCUACUUGCUUCUUCCAUGCCUUCGUGUUCAUCAGCGGAAACUACUUUUUGCCACUUUACUUCCAGGGCGUCCUUGGAGCAACGCCAAUCCUCUCGGGUGUGUAUCUUCUACCGUCCGCAGUCGCGCUGUCAAUUAUGUCGGCGGCAACCGGAGUGAUCAUCAAAAAGACUGGACAAUAUCUACCCUUGAUCUGGUUUGGCAUGUUCAUGAUGACUCUGGGAUUCGGGCUCUAUAUUAACUUCAAUGUCAACACGUCCUGGGCUAAGAUUAUUAUAUUUCAAAUCAUCACCGGUAUUGGUGUCGGCCAGAACUUCCAGAGUCCGCUUAUCGCACUUCAGAGCAACAUACCUAAACGAGACAUUGCUACUGCAACGGCCACAUUCGGAUUUGUCCGCAAUCUGGGCUCCGCGAUUUCGGUCGUCGUCGGCGGAGUUAUAUUCAACAACGAGAUAAGAACCAAACAACCGGAACUUGCUGCUGCGCUUGGCACACAGACCGCUCAGAUGUUUUCCGGAGGUUCCGCUGGCGCCAAUGUCCGAGUCAUUCAGUCGCUGCCCGAAGCUCAACGGGCAGUUGCGCGAAAAGCAUUUGCCGAUUCCUUGAGUAAAAUGUGGAUUUUGUACGUCGCCUUCGCUGCUGCUGGCCUUUGUGUCAGUCUUUUGGUUUCGCGCAAUAUGCUCGAUAAGCAACAUGAGGAGACGAAGACCGGGCUGGAAGUUGAAAAGGCCAAAAGGCUUGAGAGGGAAGCCGAACGUAAUGAAAGGCGGAAGAAGAGAGCUAGCAAAGGAUCCAUGCCUAUUGAUACUGAAGCGCAGGCAAGUCAUCCAGGGGUUACGAGAGAGAAGGAAACGACAGCAUGA